CAUUAAAGGAGGAGGUCUUCUCAGGCGAGCUAAACUCGAGUGUCGCCACCCUUCUGCUGCCAACCUACCUCAGCUGCAAAAAAAGCCUUCUGCAAAUCUUUUGUAACAAAUACAUACCGGAUUCUUUACACUCCGACUUAUGAGGACUUUUUUUUUAACGACUUGGUCUUUAAGCUGCACUGCGGAAAUCUCUCUGAAAACACACGGGACGAUCCUGCUGCUUCAAACCAGAAGUGCAAGCGACAGGAAUCGGGUUGUGUAUGUUUCCACAGCAGAAGUUUAAUUUGGCGUCUGUUUGGAGCGUGUUUUUAUUCUAAGUUCAACAAUGUAUCAAGUCAUAAGGAAGAUGUUGUUUACGGACUGUCAGUGUGCUGAAGAUGCGUCGAAAACGUACGAUGAUCUGUUCGCCAAGCUGGACACCAACAAGGAUGGGAAGGUGGAUGUGUCCGAACUGAAAGCAGGCCUGGCUGCUUUGGGCAUCAAGACUGUGCAAGGAUCAGCUCAGAAAAUUGUGUCCUCUGGAGACCAAGACAAAGAUGACGGGCUUGACUUAAACGAGUUCUCCAACUACCUGAAGGAACAUGAGAAGAAGUUACGACUUACCUUCAAAAGUUUGGACAAAAACAAUGACGGUCGAAUUGACUUUUUGGAGAUAAAACAGUCCCUAGCCGAUCUGGGAAUGGACAUCAGCAAAGAGGAAGCGCAGAAGAUCCUGAACAGUAUUGAUGCGGAUGGCACCAUGACUUUGGACUGGAAUGAAUGGAGGGAUCAUUUCCUCUUUAACCCAGCCACCAACCUGCAGGAGAUUAUCCGCUACUGGAAGCACUCCACGGUGCUGGACAUUGGCGACAGCCUCUCCAUCCCAGAUGAGUUCACAGAGGAGGAGAAGACGACCGGCAUGUGGUGGAAGCAGCUGUCAGCUGGGGCCAUGGCCGGCGCCGUGUCCCGUACAGGAACCGCCCCGCUGGACAGGAUGAAGGUGUUCAUGCAGGUGCAUUCUUCCAAGAGCAACAAAAUCAGCCUGGUUGGUGGUUUUAAGCAAAUGGUAAAAGAAGGAGGCGUGUCGUCUCUGUGGAGAGGAAAUGGUAUCAACGUACUGAAGAUUGCCCCUGAGACUGCCAUUAAGUUUAUGGCCUAUGAGCAGUUCAAGAGGAUGCUGUCCAGUGAACCAGGAAAGGUCAAGACCCACGAGAGGUUCAUGGCUGGAUCGCUGGCUGGAGCCUCAGCACAGACAGCCAUCUACCCCAUGGAGGUGAUGAAAACCCGCCUGACCCUGAGGAAGACCGGACAGUACUCAGGCAUGUUUGACUGUGCCAAGAAAAUCCUGAAGAAGGAGGGAGUGAAGGCAUUUUACAAGGGCUAUGUUCCCAAUCUUCUGGGUAUCAUCCCCUACGCUGGUAUUGAUCUGGCAGUGUAUGAGAGCUUGAAGAACUUCUGGUUGGCCCGCUACGCCAAAGAUUCAGCCAACCCCGGCAUACUGGUACUGCUUGGCUGCGGGACCUUAUCCAGCACAUGUGGCCAGCUGGCCAGCUACCCCCUGGCUCUGAUCCGCACCAGGAUGCAGGCACAAGCUUCUCUUGAAGGAUCAGAGCAGAUGCCCAUGAACCUGAUGGUGAAGAAGAUUCUGCAAAAGGAAGGCUUCUUUGGACUUUACCGUGGCAUCCUGCCUAAUUUUAUGAAAGUCAUACCAGCGGUCAGCAUCAGCUACGUGGUGUAUGAGCACAUGAAGUCUGGUUUAGGUAUUCAAAAAUAGGCAGCAGAAUAACUUGUGUCUGUCCUUGAAAGUGUAAGAGGAUUUGCAAACUUUUUUUUUUUUUUUUCAGAUCCAUCCGUUUUAACAGAGUAGGGAAUCUUGUCAUGUUAAGAAUGUGUUUACCUGUAAAUCACCGAAGUCUCAAACUGCUGCAGGUGGAGCCGUUGUAGAAGUUUUUUAAGUGAUUGCUGAACUGUUGAGCCAUUACCAAAAAAAAACCUAGUUUAAAAAAUCCUGCAGUACUUACAAAGGGCUUAUAAUGAGAAAUAAGACUUCUACAAUGUUUCCCACUUUAUGUUCUUUGUCCAGCCUGUGUUUACCUGCGUGCACCCACAGUGCACUGCCAGUGUCAGGGCCCACAUAGUGUUGGAUCUUAAGAAUCUAAAAACCAAAGAUGCUUGGAGAGGUUGAUUUUAAUUUGAAGACAUUUUGUUAGGUUUAAUUUUUUUUAAAAUUGUUUUUGUAUCUGUCACUUUAAGUUUGGAUCCUUUUAUGUCAUUGGUUUCUCUAAUAUAUAACCGAAUGGCACACUUGCUCAUUUGGGCUCUAUCUUUAUCAAAGAUAGUUGCUCCAAAGGUGAAAAUUGGCGUAUUAUCUCUCGUUGUCACUUUAUAUAGUUUCCCAGAAUAGGGUGUGAGUAGGGAGUUGUUUCACUAAGAAUCUGAGGGGAACUUUGGAGGUGCAAUUGUUUUUACACUAUGGUGAUUCACAGGCUAGUAUGUUUGAUGUUUGUAUGAGGUAUGUCAUUUUGUGGGAGAUGGUGAGAGGAAAUGUAAUGUGCCUUAAGCUCUUUUUCUCAGAUAUCUGUGGACUUCUCCUCCCUCCAUUUUUGCCUUGCCUUUCUUGUGAAAUUUGGUUCAUUAGAUGCUGGUGUUUACAUUAAUAAAUACAUUUGAAUACAAAA